GAACCAUGUUUUGUUACCAAACCGUUCAAUGAACUCCCAAGUGCAACGUUGCUGGUUUAAGUACGGGCUGUUCUCCCACCAUUUUGAGUAAGCUGGACAAACUAAUCAAGUACAUGAUAUUGAAAAAGAAUGGAGCCCACCAGAGAAAGAGACCAACUUUUAGCCCUGAAAGUCAUGCGACUGACCAAACCCACAUUGAUGCCAUUUAAUCUGAUACUAGCAGAUGAUCAAGAUCUAUGUGGAACAGAAAUAUUAGGCCAAAACAAGAAUGAUUUAUCGAAACCACGAGGCUUGAAUUAUUUUCCGCUGGGAGAUCUGCUCACCCUCCCACAAAAUUUUGGAAACAUUGUUUUAGGGGAAACUUUCUCAAGUUAUAUUAGUGUACACAAUGACAGUAACCAGGUGUGUAAAGAAAUAACUUUGAAAGCUGAUUUACAAACUAGCUCUCAAAGGCUGUCACUGUCUAGUCGCAAUUCUCAACCAGUGCCAGAACUAUUACCAGACCACAGUAUUGAUGAUGUCAUACAUCAUGAAGUCAAAGAACUUGGCACACAUAUACUGGUCUGUGUUGUUAGUUAUGUAACAAAUACUGGAGAAAAUCUGGCAUUCCGUAAAUUCUUCAAGUUUCAAGUUUUGAAACCAUUGGAUGUGAAGACUAAAUUCUACAAUGCAGAAUCAGAUGAAGUUUAUCUUGAGGCUCAGAUACAGAAUAUAACACCAUUUCCUAUUUACAUGGAGAAUGUAAGCUUAGAACCAUCUCCUCAGUAUAAAGUGAAACAGCUGAAUUCUGCUGGUGAUGGCAAAAAAGAUACUGAGGAUGAAGUAUUUUGCCGAAUAAAUUACCUAAGCCCAACAGAUACUAGACAGUAUUUGUAUUGUCUGAAACCAAAGCCAGAACUGUACCCAGAAAUAAAGCAAAGAAAAGGUUUGAAUAAUAUCGGUAAACUGGACAUUGUAUGGAAAACAAAUAUGGGUGAGAAAGGAAGACUACAAACAAGUCAGCUUCAACGUGUUGCACCAGGAUAUGGGGAUAUAAAACUAACAGUAGAAAGUCUUCCUGAUACUGUUUCGUUAGAAUGUAUAUUUGAUGUUACUUGUCGUAUAACUAACUGUUGUGAGAGAACAAUGGACCUAACACUAGUCUUACAAAAUCCUAACUCGUCUCCUUCAACUGGUUUAAUGUGGUGUGGAAUAUCAGGCAAACAAUUGGGUAAAUUACCCCAAAAUGAAAGCAUAGACAUUCAAUUGACUUUAUUAGCUGUGUCACCUGGUUUACAGUCUAUCAGUGGAUUAAGACUUACUGACAAUUUCUUAAAAAGAACGUAUGAACAUGAUGACAUUGCUCAGAUAUUUGUGAUAGAUGAACAAACAUAGUUAAAGAUAAAUAAAGCACAACCUAUCAGCAGUAUUCAUGGUCCGAAUAAAACCUAUAUGUAAAAUUUCACAGAAGAAGAGCACAAAGCUAUAACACUGUGUAGAACAAGUUUUGUUCAGUCAAAAGAGCUUUUCACAUAUUUAAUUAUGUACUCCCAUGUCUUUAUGACCGUGUUGAACCUUGCAUAAAAUAUUACUCCGCUAAUAGCAUAUACAUUUAUAUACAUGUAUAAAUUACACAAUGUUUCAGGGUCUCAACUUUUAUUAUUGUAAUCUUCUAGACCUGAUUAAUCCAGAUUUCAUUGGGAUCUGUUUCGGAAUCUGUUCAGUAAUUUUUCCUAACAGCUAAAGUAAAGUAAGCCAUAUUUACCCUUAUCGUAACCGUUUUAUUUGCUACAUGUGCAAUACAGGUAAGGUUGGUGGUGGAUAGAUGCUGGUAAAAGAAAGCCUAAAAACAACAAUAUUGCAUUAACUGUUGAAACCGAGAAUGCAGUCUAAAUGUGUUAUUUUAAUUGGUGAGCUUUAUUAUUGGUCAUGACAUCAAUUUUGCAUCCGAAAGUAUUGACACAUUUUGACCAAUUCUAAAUAAUAAAUUAAUGAUAUUGGACUGCAAGAUCCACAUAUUUGAAAAUUAAUUAUAUUAUGUAGGAUAUUAUAAUUUAUUGUUAUAUUAUUUAUUACCCCUCUUCAUGUAUUUUAUGUUGUGUGUACUAUAUCCAUUAACUAUAAAAUAACUACUGAUAAGAAAAUAAACUGU